CAAGUGCUCCAAACUUUAGUGAAUCAAAGACGAUACGAACAUGCUGAAGUCGGUUAUUGUGCUCGGUGGUCUUCUGCUGGCACUGACCCUGAGCAGUGGGAGCAGUGGGAGCAGUGGGAGCAGUGUCAACAAGCUACAUCGUGUGCCCAUCUACAGGCAGAAGAACUUUGUGAAGACACGCGCCAAUAUCCAGGCCGAGGUGGCCCAUGUGCGUAACAAAUACAACAGCCAGCUGACAGUGGAAUCAACAACGACUCAGGGUAGUGAUUGCUCAACAACCUCAACCACAACCAUACCAACAGCAACCACAAUGCUGACGAGUACAACCCUGAAAGAAGAGCAGAUCACAAACUUCAUGAAUAUGCAAUACUAUGGUCUCAUCACUAUUGGCACACCACCUCAGGACUUUCAGGUGGUGUUCGAUACGGGCUCAGCGAAUUUGUGGGUGCCUUCGAUUAAAUGCCGUAGCCCUGUCUGUAGGGAGCACAAUAUGUUCAAUGCGACCGCCUCUACCAGCUAUGUGUCCAAUGGGGAAGAUUUGGUCCUAAAUUAUGGCAGUGGUGGCAUUACUGGUUAUCUCGGCUCUGAUGUUGUGAAUGUGAAUGGCAUGAAUAUAAAGAAUCAGACAUUCGGCUUGGCCACAUCGCAGGACACAGGCGGAUCGGUAUCGAGCUAUGAUGGCAUUUUAGGAAUGGGCUAUCUGAGCCUGUCUGUUGAUAAUGUGGUGCCGCCGUUUUACAAUAUGAUAAGUCAGGGACUGGUCAGCAAACAGAUCUUCUCGUUCUAUUUGGCGAGCGACGGUUCCAACAGCUAUGGCGGUGAAUUGAUUUUCGGUGGAUCUGAUCCUAUGUGGUUUAUUGGCAAUAUGGUCUAUACGAAUGUGACGAGAGAGGGUUACUGGCAAUUCAUGAUGGAUAAUGCCACCUUAAAUGGCAACAUCUUGUGCACCAACUGUCCGGCGAUAGUCGAUACGGGCACCUCAUUGAUUAUGGCACCAGCCGCAUCCUAUCAGAUAAUUAUGGAAGUGGUUGGUGUCAACGUAUUUGGCAUUGUCGAUUGCUCUACCAUUUCGCAAAUGCCUGUGCUUACAUUUGCCAUUAACGGAGUGAUGUUUGGCAUACCUCCAUCCGCCUAUGUUAUAGUUGAUGGACUGAAUAAUGAGUGCACGCUAGGCAUUCAAUCCAUGAGUGAAAAUUUCUGGAUAUUGGGCGAUGUCUUCAUUGGCCAAUACUAUACAGAAUUUGACUUGGCCCAGAAUCGUCUCGGAUUUGCAUCAAUCAAGGGACUAAGCUAUACUCAAGGUGGUGGAACCCAGGGAGGUGGAACUCAGGGUGGUGGGCCUCAGGGAGGUGGAAAUCCACAAGGUGGAGGGGCUGGUAAUCUACAAAGGAUGCCUGCCCUUGAAUUCGGCCUGUUGGUGAUGGUUUUGUUCUGGAAAAUGUUGAAUUAUUUGCAGUGAAGAAUAUUUAUCUAUUUAUGUAAAAUUGUAUCUUGUUUUUUUUUUUUUAUUUGCUAAAAUUUGAAAUAUCAUAAUUCUCUGUACUGAAUGUGAUAUAAAGUGAUAAGAUUGGAAAUAAAUUAUGUGCUUUCAA